CUGAAGGUUCGUAUUGUGAAUCAGUGCAAAUAGAGUGAGCCAUAGUAUAAACAAUGAGUUGUCAAAAAGAAAGAUUUUUUUUUCUUCUUCUUCGAUUUGCAGGACAGGUCCAAGGUAAAACGAGUCACAACAGCCACAAUUUAAAAAAACGCGAAUCACCAUUAAAUAAAAAACUCGGUUUCUUUUUUUAUAGACGUGUUUUUUCUGUUUUUUUAACCUCACCCCGAAUAAUAAAAAAAAAAAAAAUGAGUAUUCAACCAGAAAUUAUCCAGGCCUUUCAGUUGACAGAAGAUGACACAAUGGUGGUGCGAGAAUUGGAAUUGAUGUGUAAUUUAUACUCUUUGACACCAAACAAAUUACUCUUGAAAUGGAAAGCAUUUGCUCUUACUGCUCAAUGCAGUCUCAAACCCACCUUGAAUUACGUCGCCAUUCUUAAAAACUCACUUCAGCGUGAAUUCGAACGAGGCUUGAAACAGCGACGUACCAUUAGGGGCAAAGUCGCUACAAAACGAGGCAACGGUCUGGAUUUUUCCGACUAUGGCAUUCAUGCUGCUAACCCAACUGAUGCAAUGGAUGCUAUUGACCAAGAGAAUUCUGCCGAAGACUUCAUGUCCAGUAUGUUUGGUGCACCUGUCCCCGUAAAGACAGAACCUACAUACCAACCUCGACAAAACACAAUGACGGCACCCAUGACACCUACACCUACUCUGUCACAAGUUCCUUCCGUUUACAGUCAAAGAGCAGCAACACACGUCACAGAUACACAAUACAAUGGCCACCUACCACUCCCCUCGAAACAAGACAGUGAGAUGGAGGAAAUGGACUCUGAAUUAACAUUUGAGUAUACACAGGAACCUAUCCAACCUUACCGCUUUAUGUUUGAAAAAAUCAAGGACACGGCCGGGAGUAUGGAUGAACGGAUCGAUUAUAUUGGUGGUUUGAUCCAAAAGGCACACAAUAUCGAAGAAUUUGGAAACCCAACACGUAUCUGUCAAGAAGCCAUCUACGGCUUUGGUCUUGUAUGUUCUGAAGCCGCCGAUAUUCAUCUAAGCCCGAAAUCCAUCAUGUUGCAAACAUCACGCGAUUAUGGUAUGGGAGGCCGUGUUGCCCUGAACUUGGAAAAGGUUCAUUCCUAUACCUUGUUUCCUGGUCAAGUCAUUGGUGUCAAGGGUAUCAACCAUCGUGGAAACAUUUUCCAAGUGGAAGAGUUAUUUAUGCCACCAGUAGCAGAGAGGAAUGUGUACGAGAUUAAGGAAAAUAAGACAUUGGAUAUGAUUGUUGCCUGUGGACCAUUUACAUUGAACAGCGAUUUAGCCUAUAAACCAUUAGAAGAUUUAUUAGAGAUGUGUCAAACACAACAACCAAAUACCAUACUAUUAUGCGGACCGUUUCUUUCGGCCCAACAUCCAGAAAUUGCCUCUGGACUGAUAGAAGUGGAUCCUGAGGUAAUCAUGACCGAACAAGUGAUUGAACGUUUAGAAACCUUUUUAGAUACAUGCACCGACACCACCGUAUUCUUAAUGCCUCAUCCCCAUGAUAUUACACACAUGUACAACUUAUUCCCGCAACCUCCCUUUGAAGACAUUGAAUUACGUCACAGUCGUCUUCAUUUAAUCGGUAAUCCCUCCUCACUUAUGGUCAAUGGACAUUCCAUCACCGUGGCCAAUGUCGAUACCAUCUUUCGAUUAGGGAAAGAAGAAAUUUCCCAAAACCCCGAGGAACCCGACCGAUUUACUCGUUUGGUGGAGCAUGUCUUGCAACAACACACCUUGUACCCAUUGCUACCUAUUGCACUGGAUGACAAUAUCGAUUCGGAUCGUAUGGUAAAUUUCCAUUUGCCUACAACGCCCGAUGUGCUUAUUCUUCCAUCUCGACUCAAACAUUUUAUCAAACCUUUGCACGGAUCAGUCUGCAUUAAUCCUGGCUAUCUCUGUAAAAACGAGGCUGCUGGAACCUACGCACGUAUUAUUCUUUACCCACAAGACGAAGCACGAGUCCGAGUGGAUUUAAAAAAGUUAUAAAUAAAAAAA